CAGGCGGCAUCCCUCAAUGGGUCUACGAAAGCUGUGGAGAUGCUCCUAGAGCAUGGAGCAGAUGCGAAUUAUCAGGGCGGCCUCUACUCCAAUGCGCUCUUUGCCGCUUCUUUGAAUGGGCACGACGAUGUUGUGAAGCUGUUGGUUUACCAUGGCGCCGAUGUCAACAUACAAGGCGGUCUAUACGCUAAUGCACUACAAGCAGCCGCAAUCAAUGGGCACGACGACGUCGUUGGCAUACUGUUG